CCCAUGGAGAGUGUAGUCUGUGGCACGUUUUGUGUCAGCACAAAGCCCCGGCGUUCCUUUUUGGGACCUUGCCCGGUGAUCUAUCUACUAGCGAGUCGGCCAUGCUGUUUUUAUUUCAUCGAUGGUUACCGUGUUUUGGCUUCGUGCCAUCAUACCGCGUAUUCACACGAAUAUACCUUUAUUCGAGCCGCAACUACCACGUCCAUUCCUCCUGCCUAUGUUUCUUCCCAACAGGGUCGAGAGUGCGUAACAACCUGCUUUGUAGCGUUAUUUCUGCAUACACCUUUCCGUCCCCUUCGAUAGGCACUGCUACGAAUUGCGUGCAUGAUCACGAUAUUCGGCACCCCGCACACCAUUCAACCUCAGGUCUCGGUUGAAAAUCUCCAGGAAAUGUGGUCGACACCACUUAUACUGAGACCGGUGCUCGGAAUUUGCCGUCGAAUCUUACUAUGGCACUUCCAGUCGAGCUCACCGCACGUAUCCUCACUGACACUUGGGCCAGCCUAACUUCCACUGAAGAGCACGUCAAAACUUUUGCGACUUGCAGUCUUGUAUCUAGAGAAUGGCUAGACACCAUCAAGGAAGUACACUCAAUGCACUCAUGGACCCCCCUGUCGUAUUAUGAAGGACGGCUAUAUACCAUCAAGUCACUGUCUUCGAUUUCAAAUCCAAUGCUUUGCCGCACUCUUACGUUCAAAGUGGAGUUUGCGACCAUGCCGCAGUAUGUCGUGGUUAGCGGAUGCGAACCUGCUAUUGAAGCGAACCGGGGGGUAGAGACCCUGCUUCGAAAACUAUUCUGUGGCCCUAAUCCACCUCGCCACGCAACCCAUAUCUAUAUCAACUAUUUGGACGAUUCCCGGGUGCACGUCCCCAGCUUCUGGAUCCCCCCACAGAUCACACGACUGACAAUCCUCUACCACUUUCGUUCGUGGACGGCUCACUGGUUAGAUCAACAAGUUUUCCGACGCUGUUACUGUCUGCGAUCCAUUGUCGACCGCAAAGUCCACCAUCUCUCCGUCAUGGGGGCCACAGCUGAGCUAACGAGACAACUAAUUACCCCUCUUAGCGAAUGGAAAUGUCUGUCCUUGUUAACUAUCGACUCGGAUGUUCCAGAAAUCGAUUUUCCCGUCUCAUCUCGGCUCUGUGUUCUUAGAGAAAGUGAAGAUCUUCGAUACGAAGCUGUAGAGUUCGAUUUUUUGCGUCGCAUCAUGUUUGGCAAUCAACAUCACCAUGUGUAUUGGUACUACAGGUCAAGCAGUGGCGCGUCGUCCUACAUCUCUGCUUUUGUCAGAUAGUGUAUUUUUUGACCUGUCUCAAAGAUCGAAGAGCCAGCCGAGAUAUUCCAAUGUUUGAACAAGUCAUCAAUGUCGGGUCUGUGGGUUACAUCGACCCAAUGACCAGGAGAUUUGUUGUAUUGUUCAACGCCAUUGAUCCAAAAUGCUCGACCGACGCAAGACUUGACUCCAUCCCUUCUCUUCUUGAAAGUGGCGUGACGAAGUUGGUCAUCAACCCAAAUUAUUCUUCAUGCCUGAAGUGGCAUGAGGACUGCACACACUUUGAAUCGUCCGUGUCUCGUUAUCAUGGAAGCCCCUCCGACUGUGACUGACGAACCUGGUAGAUUGUAUGACAUCCCUGUCGGAGUUCUCGAACA